AUGGCCUCUUCAAAGGCUGGUAGGUACCAGCCUUUGAAUAAGGCUGGUACGUACCAGCCUUUCAAUCAGGCAGGUACGUACCAGCCUUUCAAUCAGGCAGAAACUUGCAACAAAAUGGCUUCUUCAUCUUCUCGCAUUGAGAUUUUUCUGUAUUUUGGUGGUGAAUUAUCGAGCGAUGGAUGGUCUGUUACAUAUGAUCAGACGCCCAUUGCAGCAAUGAGGAUCCCCCGUUCAUCCAGUUAUGAUCAAUUUUUAUCAAAAAUCUACAAAAAAAUUGGUGUUGAUAGCUCCCGAUUUUCGUUGAAUGUUUCUGCAAAACAUUCGUGCCAAUACCUAGGGCGAAUUAAGGAAACACUGAUACCAAUAAAGGAUGACGAUACAUUGUCAUUCUUUACUGAUCCUACAACUGGAUUUUCACUAAUGGAAAUAUUCGUCGAAACGGUGGAAAUCCAGCACGAUGAUGCUCCACAAAUUGGCCGAGAAGCUUUAAUCGAGGCGGUGAAAGAAAGAUCACUCCGAUAUGCCCGACGCGAGUAUUGGGUACCUGAGAGUUCAAAGACCAAGUGGAAAGUAUUGUGUAGGCAUACCACCGAAGCUAUGCGGUGUAGAUGGGAGCUGCGAGGCAUUUACAAACCAAAAAUGGGAAGGUGGACAAUAACAAAAUACGGAGGGGACCAUACAUGUAUAUUGAAUCAAAUGUCCCUCGAACACGGUAAUUUAGAUAGAGUAUAUGUUGCUUCUUUAUUGUUAGGACAUGUAAAAUGCAACCCGUCGUACGGAAUCAAGCAUGUCAUCCAGACUGUGAAAGACCAUACCGGAUACGAUAUAGCAUAUCAAAAGGCAUGGUACAGUUUGAAAAUGGCACGUGAGAUGGUUUAUGGCACAUGGGAGAGCUCCGUUCAAAAGCUACCCAAAUACUUGGGAGCUCUCCAAAAAUAUAAUCCAGGAACGAUUGUUGAAUGGCAACAUAAAGCCCGCGACACAUCAACCGGUGCAUAUGUGAUAGGGUACGUAUUCUGGGCGUUCAAGCCGUGCAUUGAAGGGUUCCAACACUGUCGCAACCUUAUCAGUGUAGAUGAGACCCAUCUAUACACAAAGUACAAGCACAAGAUGUUGAUUGCUGCUGCCAUGGAUGGAAAUCAACAGGUACUUCCUCUUGCUUUUGCUGUUGUCGAUGAAGAAUCACUUUUAUCUUGGAAGUGGUUUCUUAGACAAUUGAGCAGACACAUUAUACGAGGGCGACGGGGUAUCUGCCUUAUUUCUGACCGCCAUGCUGGUAUCACAAGAGCUGUACGUGAAUGUCCGGAUUUCGUGCCACCUAACGGCGUGCACCGAUAUUGCUUGCGGCACGUGUGUUCCAAUUUCAACAGUAAAUACAAAAAUGUCGUGUUGAAGGAUCUUUGUUGGAGAGCUGGCUCUGAAUAUCAGAUCAGAAAAUUCAAUCGCACUAUGGAGGAGAUAAAGAAACAGUCCCUCGAGGCGUUUCAGUGGUUAGAUAGGAUCGACAAGGAAAAAUGGACAGCAUCACAUGACGGUGGAUGGCGAUGCGGAAUUCUGACGACAAAUAUGUCGGAAUGCAUAAAUGGAGUAUUGAAAGGGGCUCGCCGCCUACCGUUGACAGCAAUUGCUGAGAUGACGUUUCAGCGAAGUGUCCAUUAUUUCCGUGAGAGGUUAGCAAGAAGUACUGUAAUGUUGACCAACAACCAACUGUGGACGGAUUUUGCAUAUAAGAUGUUCACACGUUGGCAUCAAAAUUCUGUUGAACAUACCGUCACCAAAUUCCAUCAGUUCCAACAGUCCGCCUCGGUUGUUACAAGACGUCACGGUGGACAUGGAGUCAACACCCAUGUUGUCAAAAUUGCGAACCGAGAAUGUUCUUGCGGCAAAUGGACUCAAUUUGGUCUACCUUGCAGUCACGCUCGAAAGGUAUGCGCUGCAUUCAUGAUUAAUGCUGCAUCAAUGGUGAAGGAUUAUUACGAUAUAAUGACUUAUAAGAAUACAUAUUCUAAGUCAUUUGAACCUGUACAUUCCGAAGAUUAUUGGGAUGUACCGGGAUUUGAGUUGGUCCACGAUCCUACUAUUCGCAUCUCUUCGCGCCCUGGUCGAAAUCAAACAAUACGUAUUUACAACGAGAUGGAUUGGGCGCAAAGGCGUGCACGACAACAAGCACAACAAAGAAAUUCUUCAACACAAUCGGAUGUGCCAGUACCGGGUAGCCAGGAUUAA